AUGGCACCUCAGAACAUCUACGACAACCCUGUUUUUUUCGAGCUUUACUCCGAGUACCCUCGUGCUAAGGAAGGAGAGAAAGGAGCCUCAGAAUGGCCCGAGCUCCUGCAGAUGCUACCCCAUGACCUCAACGGCAAGAGGGUGCUGGACCUCGCGUGCGGCGAGGGCUGGUUCGCGCGGUGCAUCAACAUGCUGCGCAAGGCCGAGGGCCUGACCAAGGGGCCCAAGACCACGUCGGCGACCACGUCGGCGACCACGUCCGCGUCGGGCCUCGGCGGCUUCGUCGGCGGCGGCGGGAGGGGAGCCGAGGACGUCGACGGGCUCAUCCGGUUCACGCGCGUGGACCUCGAGACGCUGCAGCUGGCGGGCGAGACGUACGACCUGGUGUUCUGCGGACUGGCCCUGCACUACGUCAAGAACAUUGGCGGCCUGAUGCACCAGGUGCACUCGUCGCUGGUGCCGGGAGGGCUGUUCGUGUACUCGAUCGAGCACCCAUUCCUGACGGCGCCCACAUGCCCCGGGUUCAUCAGCACGCCGACGACCAACAACAACAACAACAACAUCAAGACCGGCGCGGGGUCGAGCGGCAGCGGCGAGGUGGACCAGUGGACGGUGGACAGCUACUUCGCCGAGGGUGUGCGGUCGGUGGACUGGAUCGUGGACGGGGUCAUCAAGCAGCACCGCACGCUGACGUCGUACUUCCAGGCGAUGCGCGAGGCUGGGUUCGAGGUCGAGAAGAUGGACGAGUGGGGCGCGACCAACCAGGCCGGGAGGAAGCACCCGGACUGGGUCGAGGGCGUGAUCCCCCGGUUCUUGCUGGUCAAGGCGAGGAGAAAGGGCAGGCAGGCAAGGCCGUGGGGUGGAAUUGCGAAGGUUUUUGGCUUCUCCUCCCAGUAG